CUCAAACUGGGAAUUACACCAUUGGCCUCCCUGGUUCUCAGGCCUUCGAAUUCCAGCUGAAUUACACCACCACUUUCCUGGAGCUCCAGCUUGGAGAUGGCAGAUCAUGGGACUGAUCUAAACUAUUGUUUAUUCUACUUUAGACAUCACAGGACACCACAUACUUCAGAGAGGAAGCGGGAGAGGAGCCCACGUCUCCUGUCACCCAGUCCUCCAGCCGCGCCGCCCCGCAGCGUGUAAGAUGUUCGCCUGCGCCAAGCUCGCCUGCGCCCCUGCUCUGAUCCGAGCUGGAUCCAGAAUUGCAUACAGACCAAUUUCUGCAUCAGUGUUAUCUCGACCAGAGACUAGGACUGGAGAGGGCUCUACGGUAUUUAACGGGGCCCGGAAUGGCGUGUCUCAGCUAAUCCAAAGGGAGUUUCAGACCAGUGCAAUCAGCAGAGACAUUGAUACUGCUGCCAAAUUUAUUGGUGCAGGUGCUGCAACAGUAGGAGUGGCUGGUUCUGGUGCUGGUAUUGGAACAGUCUUUGGCAGCCUUAUCAUUGGUUAUGCCAGAAACCCUUCGCUGAAGCAGCAGUUGUUCUCAUAUGCUAUCCUGGGAUUUGCCUUGUCUGAAGCUAUGGGUCUCUUUUGUUUGAUGGUUGCUUUCUUGAUUUUGUUUGCCAUGUAACCGAAAUUACUGCUUGAAAUGUUGGUGUUCAUAUUAAUUACGGAUGUAAUUCUGUGUAUCUUACUGUGACUCCGAAAACUGUAGUAUUGGUGUCAUGGAAAUGUAUGUUAUUUCCAAAGUCAUUUCAUUAAAGAUGAAAACUUUAA